AAGGCAGUUGAAACCGAUCAGUUGGCACCCCUGCCCCGUCUCCAUCCGCUUACCACAUGUGUCAGUGAGUUGUCAGCCCUGCUUGGUGGAGGAGCGCCCGAGCCCACGAGGACUCCUUCUUUUUUUCUUAACAAGUGAAAAUACGUCGUCUCAGAUAACGAACAUGCCAUUCUUUUGUACAAGACCUAAUGAGCACAUUUAAAUGCGAGUGCGAGUGCCACAGACAAAGCCCCAGAUGGACAGGUUAAAGGCGGGACAAAAGAGGAAACAUGCAACACACGGAAGAACCAUUUCCGCGAGAUCACCCGCUUAAAGGUGAGAUGCAGGAAAAUAAUCUCCGGCAAAGAUUGGAUCCACAGCCCCAGCCUCAGCUUUAUAAACAAGGAGAAGAAGACGAAGAACAGCUGUUAAAACAUCACUCGUCUUCGCACCAGCUGUCAGAACAUCACGCACAUCAUGUCCAGGAAAUCUCCAAACAUCCUCACGUCACAGCGGAUUCCAGUGCAGGGAGAGGAGACGGAUUUAGGCAGAUGACAGGUCGGGAGCGGAUCAGCAUCAACAAAGACUUGAUCGGGACUCCAUCAAAUUUCCAACACAUCGGCCACAUCAAUCGAGAGAUUACUUCGACUCAGACCACAGAGGAAGUCAGAAAUCUCUUCCAAAUGGUAAAUUUAUAUCAAGAGCAAGUGGGUUUGUUACCAGGAAAAGCUACAGAUGAAGAGCCAGUUGAAUUCAGCGGCAGCGAGGGCGUAAACCAGCAGGUCGAUAUUCCGCUGGCAGGUGAUCGGGGCCUCGCGGACACGGAGCGCGAGGCGAGCGGGGUUACCCGGAGGCAGAGUCCGGUCUUCGACGGCGCCCUCGACCACGAUCACAUCGACUGCGUUGUCGAGCUCAGAAAAGAGAGGCACGGAAUCCCAUCCGCUUCCAAGUACAGAGCAGCUUACAACUUCGAACAACAGAGGCAAACACAAACACCUCAGCAGACGGGCCAGGCGAUACUCCAUGAUAGAGUCAGGGUCCAAGAUGCCUUCGGGGAGGAAGAUAGAAAGGUGAAGAAGAACACCAGGAAAUCUUAUCCGCCUCGUCUGUUGGGUUCCUCCAGCUCUCUGACAAGGGAGGGGAAACUCAGGAAGGAAAUGAUUGGCUCACCCAAGGACUUCCAGCAUGUGAUGGGCGCGGGUCACAUGCUUGAGUCCCACGAGAAAAAGUCUCCUUUGGCAACGUCACACUCAAAGAAAGAGGAAACCGAAGGAGGGGGAGCGAAGGACCCGACGCAUGACCGCGUCCCUCACAUCAGAAAGGACAUGAUUGGGCCGCCCACCGAUUUUCACCACGUGAUGGGCGCCGGCCAGAUGCGCGCCGCCCACGAGAUACCGCCCACGCACACGCCACCGAACACCAUUACCAGCGACGCGGAAGGAAGAGAGGAGCAAAAAGAACUUCCCUAUUACAGACGUCCUCAGCCUUCUGCGCCUCCGCCUCCUCCGCCCUCUGCCCUUCCCCCUUCGUCCGCCCGUAUUAAAGGCGGCAGACUAAGGAAGGACAUGAUCGGUGCGCCGACAAAUUUCCACCACGUGAUGGGCACCGCCCCUUACCACGCCUCGCUAGAGGGGCCGAUAACCGAAGGAGAUGGUGCAGAAAAAAGCAGCUUAGAGGAGCGCGUAGCAGUUUCAGCCAGAUUAGGUCAAGAGAGUUCGGAUUUGACCAAACCCAUAAGGAAGAAGAGUGCGAUCGGGCACCCCACCAACUUCCAGCAUGUGGUUCACGUCGACACCAGCACGCCAGAAUCCGACUUGAAACAGCUCCUUUUAGAGAAUGAUGGACAAAAGGCACCAUCGUUACUGACAGCCCCCAAGUGCGAUAAACCACUUACUCAAAUAAGCUUGAUGUGACCUGCAGAAGACCAGCGAUGCGAGUAUGCACGGGUCGCCAGACGUCAGCAAGGGUUUCCCGAGGCCGGGAGGGCCAGCCAAGGGGCCCCAAGGGAGAGGCGGUCCUCAGCGACACCCCCCUCUGCCCAUGUCAAGAUAAGGAAGGAUAUGAUAGGAACCCAACCAACUUCCAACACAUAUCUCACGCUGGACUUGAUUUGGGGAAAGCAUAAAAAAAACCCUGUACGCAUAUAGUAGGACUCAUGCCUUAAACAAACGAAGCCUCCUCACAUCCCCGGCGGACCCACGGCACAGCAAACGGCACAAGCUUCGAUCUCAUGGCGCUUCGUUGGCGGGCGAUCGCAAGAGGAGCGAACGCCCAGCAAACAAGAGGUCUUCUUGUUUUUUUCUAGUCUCGAUCUUCGUCUUCUUCGGCCAGUCCUUUGUCACGGUCUUGAUAAUCAAAAUGUGUUCAGUCCAAGAUCAUGUAUCAUUAUAUAGUUAUUAUGAA